CAAAGAAGUAUGGGCGAUAGUAGGGCCUUUUAGUAGGGAAUCAUCUUUCCAGAGUAUUAAGAUAUCUUAGCACGAUAGUAACUGUUAUGAGAUGUUAAUAAACCAGCUAAUUUAAAUAUAUAACUGGUGAAUUUGUAUUUAUUUUAGAAGUACUUGCAGCUGUUUAAAAAAAUGGAUAAUGUUACAAAUAUUGAAUCAAUAGAAAGGGCGAUAAGUGAAUUAUACAACGGUUCAACCGAGCAAAGAUCUCUUGCCAAUCAAUGGCUCAUUCAAGUUCAACUAUCGCCUGACGCGUGGAAGUUUUGUUGGAAAUUGCUUGAUUUUGAAAAAGCUUUUGAAGUCCAGUUUUUUGGUGCCUGCACUCUUUAUGUCAAAAUAUCAAAAUUUUGGGGAGAACUGAAUAGUGACUCCGAAGAAAAUCAUGAAAUUAUUGAACAACUCAGACUUAAACUUUUCGAUAUCGUUGUUAAGUAUUCUCAAUCGAAUGGUUUAAAAGCUGUAGCUGGGAGAUUAACUGUGGCUUUUUCAUCUUUUAUAUUACAUUCCGUUACGAACAUAUGGAAAACAGCAAUAGACGAAAUAUUUGCGAAUUUAGCAACCUUUCAAAAUGAAACAAUGAAUCGGCUAUUUCUUGAAAUUCUUACUUCUCUUCCAGAAGAAUUAAAUAAUGGAAGUUUUAUGAAUAGAGUAGACGUUAUAUCUGUUUUAAGACAGCAUAGCGAUAGAAUAUUUAAUUUACUGUCAACUCUUUUGAACUCUUCUGAUAAUCAAUUUGGUGCUACUCAAGCUUUGAAAUGCUUUUCUUCGUGGAUCACCAUAUCACUACCUUUACAACAAAUUGCACCUACAGUAGUUGAAAUAUUCAAAUUUUUAUUUGAUAUAACUACAUUUGAUGCUGCUGUGGAAACUUUAUGUAAUAUAUUUAGUCAUGGAGAAGUAUCCACCUAUAAAAAUACUAUAUAUGAAUUUUUCUUUCCAAAAUUGGACGAACUUUUCUCUCUGAUUGUAUCUGCACAACAAAACAACGACAGUGAUACUUGCCAUGGUUUAACGAGGAUAAUAACUACAUUAGCUGAUUCGAGUAUAUCCAUUAUUAAGUCAUGCGCUGCAUCCGGCGAAGAAGCUAGAAUACAAAGAGUGGCUAAAUUUCUUGAAUUGGUUUUACAAUGCAGUCGCAUGCCGGGUUUUUAUCCAAUAGAUGAACAAAGUUCUGAUAUGCCUUUUACAUUUUGGUAUAAUUUACAAGACGAAAUAUGGAAUCUUUCCGCUCAAGAGAGAACACCUGAAGUGAUGUCAUUUUUUCAGGGAUAUUAUUUUCAAUUGGUCGAUGUUAUUCUCGUCAAAACCGUCCUUCCUCCUAAAAAGGUUAUGGACACAUGGGGUUCUGAUGAGAUGGAGGGUAGCCGAUGUUACCGACAAGACGUGGGAGAUGUUGUAAUGUAUAUGUAUAACGUUCUUCAUACUCAACUUCUAAAGCAUAUUUGUGAACGACUAUCUACAUUUCUUCAAAAUACCGACACAUCUAUACAAUAUAUAGAGGCAGCAUUGUUCCUAUUGCGCAGCGUAGCUGAUGCAGUUGAUUUGGAGGAAACUACUUAUAUUCCAGCUGUUUUCGAACUAUUACCUAGAUUACCGCAAGAAGACUGUCUCAUUCAGCAAUCGUUAUUUGUUAUUAGCUCAUUUGCAGAAUGGUUGUCCAAUCAUCCAGAUAUUUUGUAUCCACUUAAAGCGCUCCUUAUACGAGGUUUAAUUGCAAAGGAAACUGCAUUACCUGCCUCCCUGGCUCUUAAGGAAAUUUUAAGAGAGCAUCAACAUUGCGCUCACGAAUAUGCUGAAGAUGUUUUACAAGCCAUCUUCGAAGUUUUUCAAGCGAACAGUGUUGGUGUUCGAGAGCAGAAUAGAUUAGCUAGUUGUGCUGCCUUGAUAAUCGCCGUUCUUCCUUUUGAUGACGCUAGACGUUGCGCUGAUACAGUUCUCUCACCAAAAUUUCUCGAAUUUCAGGUGGCUGCAUCUAGUCCAAAUAAGUAUGCUUUGGCUGUUAAUGUACUGAACAUUUUUAGUGGAUUCUUUUACUUUUUGAACGUUUAUACAAGUGAAGAGUUACCGCAUUCGCCAAAAAAUGGUGAACUAGUAAUUGAAUUAGUUAGCAAGCUACUGCCAUCGCUGAAGGUGGCUUUAGAAACCCACCAAGCCAGAGAGGAAAUUGUACAAGCGACCUGCACACUCUUUAAAAGAGCUAUAAGGUCAUCCCUAAACGACUUUUCGGCUCUCUUUUCUGAUACGACUUCUCUAAUAAUUCAACUAUAUCCUGUGAAACCACAUGCUUCCGUCCUAGAUCUGUCUAGUCAACUAUUAACUUUAAUGGUUUCGGACGAGGGUAAUUAUCGAGAAAUGGCUCAGAGAACGUUUUGCGAGAUCUGUUCAUAUUCGUUAAAGUUAUUUGAAGGAACAAUUGAUCCUGAUAUCGCCGAAGCUUUUAUGUCCUUUCUUGGGCUUUUAGUUCGAAGAUCGACAGAUCUGUUUUUGACUAUUAAUAAUAAAACACUGAUGGAGGCAGCUAUUUUCUGCGCCAGUGCAAAAGAAUCUGGAACUGUAAAGCAAGCUUGCUUUUUUUUAACAAAUUUUAUUUCGGCCCCCCAUCGUCUGAAUUCACCCAACCAUCCAGUGAGACAGGCUGUCGGAGAAUAUGGUCGACGGCUUGUCAACGUAAUGAUAGGUGGAAUUGCUGGAAAUUCUCCUAGAAUUGUUGUAGAUUCAUUUGCAGAAGUUAUAACUGCUUUAAACAAAUAUGAGAUUACUUUACAUAGCGCCUGGUUAAAAGCCGCGUGCGAAGAGUAUGAUUUAGUUGAUAAAGCGAUCUUUGCUUCAAGAAUAUUACGGUAAAUAAUAGAGUAUCUUUUAAGAAACAUUUAAUUUCUAAAGCAAUAAUUUUAAUUAUCGCAGAGAAAAGAAUAAUAGAAGGCGUAUCGCCGAAAUCGUACAAGAAUAUACAUUAAAGUGGCGAGGCCUAAUGUCAACAGAGUAUGGAAGGCAAACAGCAAUGCUGGCUCUAUCUUAGGAUCAAAGCAAUUUACCAUACCAGAUUCAUGUUCAUAUAUUUAUUAUAUCUUUUCUAAUAACGCAAACUGUUGAAAAAUCAAUAAAUGUUGAAAACAAGCUCAAGCCUUUUUACAAUUCAGGCAUAUCUAUAUCGUUAAGGUCAUACGGAAAAUGAAUAUUCUGUACAAGCCAUUUUUUAAACCACAAAAAAAUGAAUAUACAUAAACGGGUCAAAUCAUUUAUUCAAACUAAGGAGAAAAAAGGGUGGGGAAUGCGAAUAUGGUUGAUAUAACAAGCUGGUUGCUCGGAGUUAAAUAUUCAAUACAAAUCUCUUUUUCUUAUGCAAAUAAAUAGAUGGCUGUAAACAAUGACUGGACACAUAGUUUAUUUGAUUUUUCUAAAAUUGAUAAUCGUCUUUGUCUUUUAACGAUAUUCUUUCCAUGCUUUUUACAAGGUAAAAAUGCGGAGGCUAUUGGCUAUAACCGGAAGGUAUGCUUCACAGCCAUUUUGGUCCCUAUAUUGAAUUGUUACGCCCUUACAACAACAAGAAAGAAGUUAAGAAAAAUUCGAGAAAUAAAAGGCACUAUAUCAAAAGAUUAUCUUUUAUCAUUGUUCUGCUGUUAUUGUAGCUUGAUUCAGCAAACUAAAGAAAUUGAAUUGAUGAAAGAAGAAGAUUACGUUAGAAAUCAAACAAUGGAGCGUUUAUGAAAUAAAUAUUAUCCCGUUAACUUAUUUCUUUCAUCGCUAAUACUCAUAAUUAAUUAUUCAUAAUUCUAAUUUUUCAAUAUGGUGCUUUCCCCUUCCCUCCCUCCCUCCCUCUUCCUGCUCCAGCUCCUUCUAGACGAUAUAUAAGAUAUACUUGUACAUACGCUUUCAUAUUUAAUAAUUAUGCAGUAAAAUUUACAGUUUUAAUAAUUCAACUUUCUGUUUCAUUGUUGAAAUAAAAUGUUACAAGGCUUCUGUUAGCUUCUCCAUUAUUUAAUCGGUAAUAAAGCCUAUUAAUUGCUAUAAUAUAACAACAAGAAUAUAAGAUAAUACACACGUCUAAUAAAACGCGA